ACACCCCAGUUAUCUCCCUCCCAGCUCCCCUCUAACUUUUCCAACUCUGUUGGCCUGCAAGCCCUGCCCCCCUUGGACCCAACUCCCCAACCCCUCCUCCCUUACUUAGAUCCAAGAGCCCCCAGGCCCUUCCUCCAUCAGGGGACCCCAAAUCACAGGCUCCUGGGCCACAGCUCUCUCAUGGACCCAGGCUCCCGUCCUCCAGCUCCCCCCCACACGCGGCUCCCUGUCCUCGGGCUCCCCGCCCUGGCUGGCCUCUGAAGGGCUCUUUGUCGCCACACAGAGGCCCCAUUGAGCUGUGGAGGCCGGGAUGGGGGGGAGAGGAGGCUGUUUACUCACCUUCGCACCUGGGCCAGGAAUCUGUGAGUAACCGCCCUGCUCUCCCUGCCUCCCACCCCUCUAACCGCGGCCCCUCCUCUUCCACCAGCCCGGCAGAGCCCAUGGAGGCAGAAGACGGCGCCCGAGGGGCGCCCCCAGGGCCCCCCCGACCCGGCCUGGUGCCCGUCAGCAUCAUCGGGGCAGAGGACGAGGAUUUUGAGAUUGAGUUGAAGACGAACCCCGAGGAACAAAACAACCAGUUCCAGAACCUGGAUCAGGUGAAGCGGCGCCCGGCCCAUCUCAUGGCCCUCCUGCAGCACGUGGCCAUGCAGUUUGAGCCAGGACCCCUGCUCUGCUGCCUGCAUGCGGACAUGCUCGGCUCCCUGGGCCCCAAGGAGUUCAAGAAGGCCUUCAUCGACUUCUACCACAGCUUCCUGGAUAAGCACUCGAUUCUACGAGUGAUGGUCCCUCCCUCCGUGGCCUUUGAACUUGACCGCACGCGGCCUGACCUCUUCCCUGAGGACCUCCAGCGACAGUUCGUGCAGGAGGUUGUGCAGAGCCAGCAGGUAGCCGUGGUCCGGCAGCUGGAGGACUUUCGCUCCAAGAAGCUCAUGGGCAUGACACCCUGGGAGCAGGAGCUGGCCCAGCUGGGGGCCUGGGUGGCGCGGGACCGUGCCAGCUAUGAGGCCCGGGAGCGGCACCUGGCUGAGCGGCAACUGACCCACCUGGAGGAGAUGCAGCACACCAUCUCUAAUGAUGAGGAGAAGAGUGCUGCCGUGGUCAAUGCCAUCAGCCUGUACAUGCGGCACCUUGGGGUGCGGACCAAGAGUGGGGACAAGAAGUCCGGGAGGAAUUUCUUUCGGAAAAAGAUGAUAGGGAACCGGCGGUCAGAUGAACCGACAAAGACCAAGAAAGGCCUAAGCAGCUUCCUAGAUGCCGCCCGCUGGAACCGGGGAGAGCCCCAGGCCCCAGAUUUUCGACACCUGAAGGUCGAGGUUGAUGCUGAGAAGCCGGGCCUUACAGAACGUAAGGGAGGUCAGGGGGCGCCUUCCCGGGACCGGAAUCUCGGAGGCCCUGGGCAGGACAGCCCUGGAGUUUCUCUGCACCCUCUGUCUGGGGACAGCCCUGACCGGGAGCCAGGUGUUGAUGCCCUCCUGGAGGUGGGGGACCCGCCCCCGCAGGGCCCAGCCAGCCUGGACACCCCAGCGCCCCCAGAGACCGCGGAGGAGGGUGCCGACACAGAGAGCCCGGAGCCUGGAGACGAGGGGGAGCCGGGCCGUUCGGGACUAGAGCUGGAACCGGAGGAGCCGCCUGGCUGGCGAGAGCUUGUCCCCCAGGACAUUCUGCACAGCCUGCCUAGGAGCCAGGUGAAGCGGCAGGAGGUCAUCAGCGAGCUCCUGGUGACGGAGGCGGCCCAUGUGCGCAUGCUCCGCGUGCUCCACGACCUCUUCUAUCAGCCCAUGGCAGAGGGGGGCUACUUCUCCCAGCAGGAGCUCCAGACCAUCUUCCCCAGCCUGGACGAGCUCAUCGAGGUGCAUUCCCUAUUCCUUGAUUGCCUGAUGAAGCGGAGGCAGGACAGUGGCUACCUCGUCGAGGAGAUCGGAGAUGUGCUGCUGGCCCGGGUGAGAGCCCCGCCCAGAUACCCCACUUGCCCCGCCCCCUCCACUGACCCUGGGGAGGGUGGCCGGCGUCCUGGUGUCUCAGCGCUGCCAUUCCUCCAGGAAGCCGAGAGCCGGCCCCGGUGCCGCCGGCUGCAGCUCAAGGACAUGAUCCCCACGGAGAUGCAGCGUCUGACCAAGUACCCGCUGCUUCUGCAGAGCAUCGCGCAGAAUACAGAAGAGUCAGCAGAACGGGAGAAAGUGGAGCGGGCAGCCGAGUGUUGCCGGGAAAUUCUGCAACACGUCAACUAUGCCGUUCGGGACAUGGAGGACCUGCUGCGGCUCAAGGAUUAUCAGAGGCGCCUGGAUUUGACCCACCUGCGGCAGAGCAAUGACCCCAUGCUGAGCGAAUUCAAGAACUUAGACAUCACCAGGAAGAGGUUGAUCCACGAGGGCCCACUGACGUGGAGGGUGACGAAGGACAAGGCUGUGGAGGUGCACGUGCUGCUGCUGGAUGACCUGCUGCUACUGCUUCAGCGCCAGGACGACCGGUUCUUGCUUAAGUCGCACAGCCGGACGCUGACGCCCACGCCCGACGGCAAGACCAUGCUGCGGCCGGUGCUGCGGCUCACCUCCGCCAUGACCCGCGAGGUGGCCACCGAUCACAAAGCCUUCUAUGUCAUUUUUACCUGGGACCAUGAGGCCCAGAUAUACGAGCUGGUGGCGCAGACAGUGUCCGAGAGGAGGAUCUGGUGUACCAUCAUCACCGAGACUGCUGGAUGCCUGAAGGUCCCCGCCCCCACCUCCCGACCAAAACACCGGCCCGGCCCCAGCAGCACCCGUGAACCCCUGCUUAGCAGCUCCGAAAACGGCAAUGGCAGCCGAGAGAUGCCCCCAGUGGAUGGCCGGAUGGAGAGACUCUUCAACUCCCUCCUGCCCUUCUGCAGACAAGGCCUUGAGGGCCAGCUCGCUGCCAAGGCCCUUCAGAAAGUGCUGACCCUGAAACAGCUCCUGUUGCCUUCGGAGGAAGACAGCGGGGCAGGACCUCCCCUCGAGGGGGAUGGGGUCCCAGGGGGCGGUCCCUCAAGCCCAACGCAGCAUCAGGAAAUUCGGGAGGAGCUGCUCAGCCUGGAGGAGACCAUUAAGCAGCUGGAGGAGGUGGAGGAGGAGUUUUGCCGCCUGAGACUCCUCCUGUCUCAGCUUGGGGAGAACAGCGUCCCCCAGUCUGGCUGUACCUGAGGCCCCCUGCCCCAGGCAGGCCUUUCGCAAGAAGGAGAGGGCCACCCGCCACCGCUCGACCACCGACCACCCAGACCACCGACCACCCAGACCACCGACCACCCAGCAUCUCCAACCCCAGGGGCCUGAGGAGAGGGAGCCGGGCUGCCCCGGGCCAUGCCUUGGGGGGUGGGGGGUGCCCAGAUGGGAUCACUGCCCCCCGCCACCUCCCACGGGCUUUGGCCUUCUCUCCCUCCCACUUGGGGGACUCAGGGCUUCAUUCCGGGGGGGCCCCACCUGGCUCCCAUUCCUGGGCCAUCUCAGUAUUGCCUGGGUGGGGGGGGUGGCCAAACCCUCCAACCCCCACCCCCAAGUGCCUUUGCUCUGUUUUUAUACCCUGAAUUGGAGGUUUAUUUUUUAAUAUAUAUUAUCUAAGGAGA